AGCAAAAGUUAUUUGUCAAAACCUUCAAUGUAAAUAUCAAGAUUUAUCACUCUAUCACGUAUAAAAUAUUUGUAAAUUUAUUUAUCAACAUAAUUAAAACAUAUUAAAUGUUAAAAUAUGUCCAAUACACUUGAGGAUUGCAGAAGUAACUUUGCUGAUGCCGAAUGGCAAUUUUGGUGUAGACUUUGUGCUAAAGACGAUGUGCGAAAUAUAAAUAUAUAUCCAGAACAAAACCAAACUCCAAUUCACACAAAUGCUACGCUCAUAGAUUUCAUAGCGGAGUUCUUUAAAGUUCAUAUACGGCAGCAUGAGGAUUUACCACAUUGGCUUUGUGCACAAUGCUUUUCCUUGGUUUCAUCUUUGUCCAAAUUCACAAAUCAAGUUAAGCAAGUACAAAAUAUGUACAAUGAAAUACAAAGUUCUGGUGCUAGAGAAGCGCUGGAUUUUCGAGUUAUACGCGAGAAGUAUAAUUUACUUGAGUAUGAGUUAUUUAUGUUUAAUAUGUCAGAUACAAAAUCAGCUAUUGAAAAUAUUUUUGUUGCUGAUGCACCAGAAAUAAUUGAACAUAAAUCAUUGGAGCAUAUAGUAAAGAGUGAAAUAAUAUCGGACGAAAUACAAGGUGGCAUAUUUCUGAAUGACGUCGAAUAUAAUAGUGAAUUUCAAGAUCCCAUUGGUGAUACAAUUGAAAAUGCUACUAACGAAGUAGAGAGUAGUAAUAGUAUGGAUGACAGUGAAACUGAGGAAACUAGUAAAGAAUGCAAAAAACGGCUGAAAAAGCAUACAAAUUCUUCGGCUCCAGAAUCAAAAGCAACCAAAUACUACUGCAACGAAUGCGCACUACAUUUCAAAAGAAUUAGCAAUUAUGGCAUACAUAUGAAGAAAAAACAUGGUGUUGACAUAGAACGGGAUCCUCCAAGUUGCUUUUCUUGUCCCCAAUGUGCCAGGACUUUCAAAUCAAGAUUCAAAUUGAAUCGUCACAUUAAAAUACAUCGACCCUUAGCGGAGAAGCGUAUAUUUCCAUGUCCACAAUGUGAUCGAAAAUUCCAAACUAAAGAUUAUGUAUUUCGACAUAUUAAAUUCGUACAUGAAGAUAUACGUCCAUUUAUUUGCGAGGAAUGCGGUGAGUGUACACGCACGGAAACUACACUGCGUGAACAUAUGCUUAUACAUACCGACUAUGCACCAUUUGAAUGUGAGAUUUGUAAGAAAGGAUUUAAAAAUCAAGCACGUUUGAAGAAUCAUAUGGAGAUGCACAGCUCACACAAACAUAUCUGCAGUGAAUGUGGUUUAGAAUUGAACUCGCGUGUAACGCUCAAUCGUCAUAUGCUUGUACAUUCGGAUGAGAUGCGUCAUAAGUGUGACUAUUGUGGGCGUGAAUUCAAACGUGCGAAAACUUUAAAAACUCACUUGAUACUACACAGUGGUUUAAAGCCAUACUCAUGUGACUUUUGCGACAAAACAUUUGCCAACGGCUCCAAUUGUCGUACUCACAAAAGAAAGUCACAUCCCGAAGAGCUGGCGGCUUUGGAGGCUUCCGGAGAAAAGAAAUUCACCAAAAAUAUUCCUAAAUUAGCGGUUUUAAAGACAGUUACGCGCACAGCUGAGAAUCUACUACCCGUGGUAUCUAAACAAAGUGGGAAUUUUUCUUUUGGCAAGAAACCGAAACCACCAGCUAGUUGUAAAGAUGAAACGCAAAAAUGUGCAGAAAAUAAUACAUGAGUGUAUUAUAACGGUAAAAAAGCGAGAGCAGGAAUUUCUUUAUCAUUAUUCCAUAGCUGCAUGCUAGUGAUUACCCUGGGUCGGCGAGCUGGUGUCUAUAGGACAGACAAUCGUUUGUAUAAUACAGAGAAUCGUUAUAGUUUAAAAACUGCAUUCGAUACCAUUGUACGUAUACACUUGGAACCCAAAGUGUGUUUUAUGAUCUAAUAAAUUGGGAUUAUAUAAUAACAUUAUAUUUUGGCACACGAUAAUAUGAUUUCAUACACUACAGAUAUUGAACGUUUCCUGUACAGGUAUAAAAUGAGUCAGUUGCACAAACGAUUUAAAUGUUUUAUUUAAAAGCAGUACUUGAAACAUGCCAAAAUUGCAGUACUAAUUAUGUUUGCAGCUGCAAAAGAGCUUUAGUUUUACCAGAAAUUAAUAGAAAACUCGAACUAAAUUACAUACUAAUGUAUAAAUAUGCCUAAUCAUAUUAAUAUAACCAUAGUUUUAGUAUAUUGCACUAAUUUAGCAUUUUUAUUGCAUUAUAUUAUAAUAAAUGCCAAUCAGAAAACUGUUUGUUUAUUUAUCAAAAACUUUUGAAAGUCAUUUGUCGCGUGGUUUCCAAGAUUUAAUUAUGAUUUCUAAUUAUAUUUGUGAUUGUGUGAAACACGUUGAUAACGAGUGACCUUAACUAAUAUGCAUGGAAAGUAAUUAACAACCAUAUGCGCGAGGCACACUUUAUCACUAUAUGCGUGAUUUCAGAAGCGAUUGAUAAGAGCAACUAAAUCAUAGACAUUAAAU